AUGACGUCUCUCUUUCGCCCCUCCAAACCCUCUCCGCUCACUUCACAGACCCUUAUGUCGCCCCCGGAAACCCCAAUCCUUCAAACUCUCCCCAUCCAAAGCCACUACUAUCGCCCGCCUCGGUCAACCCUGACAUCGCCGGCCCGUAGCAACAUCUCUAGUCCCGCCGGAUCGCCGACCCGCACAUCCCGGCAGACACGGAUACAAAGCCUCCUCGCCAACGACCCGCUACUAUCUCGCCUAACCCCGGCCACGAUCGCUCGGCUCUCAAACGACCCAGAAUUCGGCUUCACACCCGCAGAAAAAGAAUGGAGUAUCCGCGCCGCGGAGGGUAUCGUGAGAGUCGGGGAAUGGCUGCGCGAGGUCGAGGGCUGGAAUGUGCAAUGGAGGCGAUCAAAGGGUCGGGACGCCGGUGAUGGAUAUCUACCGCCGCGGCCCAAGAAACGAAGGAAAGUCAGUAUAAUAAGUGUCGGCACCGAGAUGGGAUCUAUUGCGGAGGAGGAUGAGGAAGGCGAGAAUUCAGAAGAGGAGGAAGCGAGGAACCUGUUGAUAAAAAAGAGGAACUCAAAACCGCCCACACCAUAUCAGUUGAAUCUGCAGAAGCAACGGACGGGUACAGCUGUGACACCCUCAAAGGGUAACAGGCCGCUUUACGACGAAUACGACGGAGAGUCCACGGAUGAGGAGGAUGAGGAGGAAAUUGACGAGAGUGAGUACUGCGGCUCGCUGAAAAAAAUUACGAUCGAGCAGUAUCUCGAAAGGAUUGAGCAAAUCAAAUCCGAGAUCGAAGAGCUUGAUGUUGAAGCCCUCAAGAGCAAAGUCCUUGCAUAUCGCACCGGAAUAUCCAACCCGCUUACCGAUUCCUCGGCCAUCAUCACAGCCAUAACAUUACAACUCCUCCCGCCUCUACAUCGUCUCACAAAAUUGCUGUCCGUCUGGGCGGUCCGACUUGCGGUCCUCCGACUUGUACCUGUUUUCUUGCGAUGGCUCCAGAUUGCAAAAGAUUCUCUCGACGCCGGAUACGCGGCGAUCAACCACCCUAGCAUAGCGCCAUCUCAGGACACAUCCGAUGACGAGUGGCGCGGGCUGGAAGAAUCGACAUUCGGACUAAUGCAGGAAACCAUUACAGCGAAGGUCGCGACAGCCGGCAGACUGAUGGAUACUAUGCUGGAUGCACUGGAGGGCCGCGAAGACGUCUUGCCGGACCUGUGGAUCACGGAGUUAGAGGAUGUUGAGGAACGGGUGGGCGCAUGGGAGAUGGACGGUGAACGGGUCGUCAUUGCCGGAAAGUUAAGGCUGGAAGAGCUGCGACAGAAGGAAACAAAGAGGGAGGAGCUGUUACGAGAGAUGGAAAGAAAUAGACUCGUUGAAGAGCAGCAGAGGUAUGCGGAGGAAGCAAGGGGCGCCGAGUGUGUGGCAGAGAGCGUCAUGGAGCGUGCCGAAGAGACAGAGCGAGGUCUCCGGGAAACAAUGGAGGCAAAUGAGGAGGUCACGGAGAAUAUCGAACUUGUCGGAGAUAAUUACGAUGAGGACGCAAGUGGUGACGAGAACGACUAUGAGCCUAGAGAGAUGGAUGAGUUAUUAAUGAGACUCGAGGGUGUAGAGAAAGAUAGAUUGUUCUCCAGGGAUAAUUCUGAUAGUGAGGCGGAAGAUAUGCGUCAUGCCGACGUGUUUGAGAGAUCAAGGAGAGGCCUUCGGAUAGGUGGGGGUGGAAGUAGCUCUAUCGAUGCGUUCCCAGCGCUAGACCACGAGCUAUCACUCGGAAACAACGCCCAGCCUGAGGCAUCAACAGCUUUCCAUACACCCAUGCCCACACCGGGAAUUAUGCAAGUGCAAGAUCACGAUCAGCUCCGAAAGGACUCCACAGCAACAGACUACUACACUCCCAUGCCCACACCUGGAAUUACCACCGCACUAAACCAGGCAACAACCUCAGACUCCGAUGGCUCCAUAACACCCACACAAUUCCACACACCUAUGCCGACGCCGAGAGUUCCAUUCUCCCCACAACCGGAUUCAGAGGCCUCCUCUUCGCGCCGGGGAUCCGCAACUCCUACAAUCCAGUUCCCGGCAUCUCUCAUGUUCGGAGACCAACCGCCACUCCGGCGCCAAUCCUCGACUCCUUUCCAUACCCCAAUGACCACACCAGCCCUCAUGGCCGCAUUCCAACACGGCCCGCCACUCCUCCGGAGACAGCCCUCAAUGCCAUGUAUGCCGGUCCCGAAACUUCCGCCAACAGCACAAGUUUUUGCAGCCACCGCCCGCCGCGAACCACCGUCUCCCGAAACACCAAAACGCCCGGAAGCCGAGAAUACACAGGAGGAGGCAAAGGAGGUCAAAAAGACCACUCCCAAGCCUAAAGUCAAUAUCCUUGCCGCUGCACGCUCAUUCUUCAAAUCUCCAAAGGCAGAAAGCAAGAAAAGUCGUGCAAAGAAGGAGGAGGAGGCCAAGAAGGAGGAGGCGCGAAAGAAGGAGGAGGAAGAGCGGGAAAUGAUCGAGGCGGUCAACGCAGAAACCGAACGAUUGUCGAAGUUGGAAGAGGCAGAGAGGGAACGCACCGAGAAGAUAAAUGCGGUCAAGAUGAAGCUAGCAGAGGCGGAACGACUCAGAGAAGUAGAGCGGGCGGCCAGAGAAGUAGAGGAAAGGAAAAAGGUUGCGGAAGCCGAGCGCAAGCGAAUGAUAGAAGAGGAAGCGCGGGAGAGGAAGGCACGCGAAGAAGAAGAGGAGCGAUUGGCACAGGAAGAACUCCGUCUUAAGAUUGAGGAGGAAGAGGAGGCAGAGCGUCUAAGACGAGCGUCGAUUGAACGGGUUUCUGUACUUGAGGCUGUUAACCUCGCUACCGAGGCAGAGCACCAGAGACUCCUCGCUCAGGAGGCAUCGAUCAUUGCAGAACAAGCUCGUCAACAAAUGGCGGAAGAAGAGGAGGAACGAAGCAGACUAUUUGAAGCCGAAAAGCAAGCGCUGCUUGAGCAGGAACGUAUAGCAGAGGUUGAAAGGCGUGCUGUCGCUGAAGCUGCGCGAGUUAAAGCCGAAGCGGAGGCAGAACGUGAACGCCGAGCGGAGAUGGAUAGACUCGCAGCCGAAGCCGAAGCCGAAGCCGAGCGUCAAAGACUCGCUGAAGAGGAGGCAGCGCUGGAACGGCAAGCUGAGUCUAAAAGACUCGCUGCCGUGGAAGAAGCUGCACGACUACAGGCUGAGAAGGACGCUGAAGCCGAGAGCCUGCGAUUGAUUGCAGAAGAAGAAGAACGUGAUAGACUGGCCGCUGAAGAAGCUGCUCGCGUCGAAGCUGAAGAGCAAGCCGAAGAAGAAGCUGAACGCUUUAGAAUGAUUCAAGAGGAAGCAGAAGCUGAGAGACUUGCUGCUCUUGAAGCGGCACGUAUCGAGGCCGAUGAAGAAGCCGAAUGCUCCAGAAUGAUUCAAGAGGAAGAGGAACGUGAAAGACUCGCUUCCAUUGAGGCUGCUCGUCUUGAAGCUGAAGAGGAAGCUGAGGCUGAACGUCUACGACUCAUUGAAGAAGAAGACGAAAGACUCGCCGCCAUUGAAGCCGCCCAUGUCAAAGCAGAAGAAGAAGCCGAGGCUGAACGCCUACGGCUAAUCUCUGAGGAGGAGGAGAGCGAACGACAGGUAGAGGCCGAAAGACUCGCUGCCGAAGAAGAGCGCCAAAGACUCUACUUCGAGGAAGAGGAGCGAAAACGUCAAGCCGAGGCCGAUAUCGCAGCAGAGCGUCUGAGACUCGCUAAGGAGGAAUUAGAGGCAAAACGUCAAAUAGAAGUUCAGAGAGUUGCGGCUGUUGCAAUGGCCCGUCUGGCAGCCGAAGAAGAGCAGCGACGACAGGCCGAGGAAGCCGAACGAGAGAGACAAGCAGAGGCUGAGAGACUCGCUGCGAUUGAGGCCGAGCGCAUCAAGGCUGAAGAGGAAACAGAACGUCAACGUCAAGAAGAGGAAAGAGCUGCAGCCCUUGAGAUUGCUAGGUUAGAGGCUGAAGCCGAGGAAAAGGCCGAGCGUCUACGGGUCCUUGAAGAAGAAUCUGCCCGCCUCAAGGCUGAAGAGGAAACAGAGAAACAGCGCCAGGAGCUCGAGCGACAAGCUGAGACCGAACGUUUUGCUGUGCUAGAGGCUGAAGCCGCAGAGGAGGCUAGACAUGCAGAGGCAGCUGCCUACGCCCUGAUUCAAGAAGACCGCAAACUCGAAGAGGACCGCCGGAGAGCCAUACAAGAAGAGGCUCGGAUUAAUGCUGAACUUCACGCCGAAGCAAUAAGACGGGCCGAGGAAGAAGCUGCGCGUCAACGUAUGGCCGAACUUGAACUCCUUGCCGUUAUUGAGGCCGAAAAGGCUGCACGGGAGGAGGCAGAACGUCAACGCGUGUUCAAGCUUGAAGAUGAACGUCGUAAGGCUAUUGAGGAGGACGCUCGACGGAACGCCGAGUUUCACGCUGAUGCAGUUAGACUUGCCGAGGAAGAUGUUGCGCAUCAGCGCAUAAUUGAACUUGAGCGACUAGCAAAGAUCAAAGCUGAACAUGCCGAGCGAGAGGAGGAAGAACUUCAACGUAUAGUACAGCUUGAAGUUGACCGACUCAGGGCCGUUGUACAGGAAGCCGAGAACGAGCGACUCAUAAAUUUGGAGCUUGAGGGAUUGAAGGUCGCACAGGAAGCUGAGAUUCAACGUCUCGCUGCUCUAGAAGCGUCCCGUCUUGAGCUUGAAUCUGAACAAAUUGCCGCUAUUGCAGCUGCCGAGGAGGCUGAGCGUCAACAGGAAGAUGAGAUAAUUGCCGAGGCUCAGAGAUCCGAGAACAAACGACUCGCAGACCUGGACGACGUCCGCUUAGCUGCUGAGGCUGAAGUAGAGACUGAAAUCCAAGCCGAACUCGAGAGGCAAUUGCAGCGUGCCAUAGGCGACGAAGAAAUUCAAAGAAUGGUCAGAGAGCAGGAACAAAAAGAUAUGGAGCGCAUAGAGGAGGAGGAGCGAAGGAUCAACGAACAGAUUCAACGACAAAUGGCUGAGCAGCAAGCAAUAAUUGAAGCCGAAGCAGAAACAGAACGCCAGCUUAUCGCCCAGUUACAGAUUGAAGCUCAGGAGGCAAUUUCUGAAGCAGAAAGGGAGAAGGAGAAGGAAGACAAAGAAUCUGCUUUCAACGAUUCAAUGGACUCAGGUGAUGAAAUGCAACCUCAGCCGAUUUCUGAGAUCAAACGGGCAGCCCUUGAGGCAGAAGCUAAAUACCAAAGACAACAAGCCAUUGACGAGAAAGAACAGAGGAAAAUAAUUUCUGAGUUUGAAGCAAGAUUCAAGGCUGAGAAGGAGAUGCAGGAGAAAAAGCUCGCCUCAGAACUAGAACGAGAGCGCCUCCAUGCCCUUGAGCAAGAGCGGUGUUGGGAGAUUAACGAGGAAGCAGCAUACAAGCAGGCCAUACAAGAGGAAGAGAAGAUCCACCGGCAGAUCGCCGCUCAAGAGAAGAGAUGGGCCCACGAGGAAGAGAUAGAAAAGAAGCGUUUCGCACAUGCCGAAAAUGAAUCGGAUCUCACUUUUGAAGAGAUGGAUCUCCGAAGACGUCUCGCUGAGGAUGAGCGGCAAAGAUUAGAAGACUUGGCUUUGGUGAAGCGGGAGCAGGAGCGAUUGGCAGCCCAAGAAGCAGAAAGGCUUGCAAUGGAGCAGCGAAUUGAAAAUGAUAGGCUUGAGGUGGAGCGGUUGAGGGAGGAGGAGGAAGAAAGGCGGGGGCGGGCACAGUUCUCGAAUCACCAUGGUUCGAACUCAGAGGGAGAUUUCCUCUCGGGAGAUGAUAUUACCGAGGAUUACCAAGAUCUUUCGCUCACUAAAAUUCCUUUCAAAGAAUCCGAUGAGGACUCCGGGAGUUUUGGAAGUGAGAACAUGGCUUAUGCGGAAGCACGGAAAAACCAGCCAUCUGUUCCUCCAUCUAUAACCUUGACACCUAUAUCUUCACGAUCAUCAUCUGUUCUACACCAGGCUAAAUAUAAAACUCCCGAAACGAAUCAGGAAGUCCCACCUACACCAUGGUCACAAGAAUCAACAAGUCCAGAAAUCUCCCCGGAUAUGUCAAAAUCACAGGGAAACGUCUCUGAAUCGUACUCGGAUCUGGAGGAAGAUCUAGUAGCAGUCGAGAACCUAGCCGCCCAUCUCUCUUUGCAAAAAGCACUCAAUGGCAAUGAUAAUUCGGGAGAAUAUGAACUUCCUCAGACUAGGCAAAGCUCCGAUCAAGAACUGUCAGAUAGUUCUUUUGACGGCCUGCCUUGUAUCCUUAUAGCUCCCUCAACACCUGGGGAUAGGUCUGAUUUUGAAGAUACAGGCACGCCCAAAACCACCAAUGGGGCAUGGGAUAAUGUCGUAAAUUCUCCCGUUUUCGAAGAUGACAGCCCAUCAGGUUCGUACGCCGGCGGGUCUCCCCCCUCCAAUUUGAGAAUCGACGCGAACGGCUAUCCCAUGGAGGAUGACGAUGCAGAAGACAUCUCAGAUCUUGAAGUGGUGCCUGUUGCAAAGUCUACACCAAAGUCCAAGAGGCGGCCAGGGGCGUUAGGUGGACUUGAUAGUAUUACGGAAGUCCAGACGCCUUACUCGCCCCGUGAUGGAAGUUUUCCGUCAGACACUCAUGCAUUUGGAGGACUGAGUGUACAAGAUAGCCCAAGCGCUAGGAGACGUUCCUUCAAUGACAAAUUCAAAGUGGGACCUAUCAGUUUGGAUUUGGGCCUUGGAAACAGGGAAGCUUCUACGCAAAAUAGGUUUGCCAAGCGGAGCACCACCCCCGAACCGAAAGCUCCUAUAAAGGUCGAAAAAUCACAAAAGUUGAUCAGAAAGGCCCCACUUGACAUGGCAAAGCCAAGGUCUCUUUCUUCGACUGGACACUACAUUUCCCCGGGUUCCACAGUGAGGACGGGAUCCAGAUCCCCGACAAAAACUCCAACAAAGACAGGCCCUGCACUUAAGGCCAUUCGCCGUCCACACAAGGAGAUUGACAGUGACGAUGAGGGGUCUGUCAUUAGUGAGCAGCGAUGGCCACGGUCAAACGAACUCACCCCCGACCGCAACUCAUCUCCCCCUACGGGUACUGGCGUUCCAAGGCUAAACGUUCAGAAGAGACAAAUUCCUCGGCCAGCGAAAAUCGACACUGUCACACCAGAAAGGAACAGGAAAUUGUACCAGAAGAAUCCACAAGAUGGUGAAGAUGGUUCUCAGUCGUUUACCAUGACCCCAAAAUUGGAGUUCCCACAGCCAAGUCUGGACGAUAAGGUCAAUGAUAUUUUGACCUCACUUAAAUCCCCGAUUCGUCUUACGGCUUCGAACCUCCAGAAGCUUACAGAGACGUCGAAACGAUCAGGCCCUUUGAGGCCGUUUGAGCUCCCUCCUUCUAGUAUACCAGCACCAAAAUCUGUCGCCGGCAGUUCCGUGGUCUCUGAUGCUACCGGAUUUGCCCCCCGUGGUGGUAGAAGACACGUGUCUAAUGCUUCAGCUGGUAUCGAACUUUACCAUCUCCACCGUGAUAACGGUCAGGCACCUAUCAAGCUCUACAUUCGUCUUGUAGGAGAGAGAGGCGAGAGGGUUAUGGUCCGUGUUGGUGGCGGAUGGGCCGACCUGGCUGAGUACCUCAAAGAGUACGCCACACACCACGGAUCAAAGAGACGAACUGUUUCCGGGGGUGGUAUUGAGAUUCAAGACCUCGGCGGUGGUGCACAACAUCACUCACUGCACGCAGUCAGAUCCAGAUCAUCCCUGCGAAGCAACAGCCCCGCUCCAGGCCAAAGCAGGUCGGGCUCACCGCCAGGAGGCCGCUCCCGUUCCGUUUCAGCGGUGGGUCUUAGAUCCCGCUCAAACUCGGCACUCGGUGUCAGGCCUGGCUCGUCAUUGGGCAAUCGCCCUGGUUCAUCAUUAGGCAACCGACCGAGUUCAUCAAUGGGCAACAACAGUCCAGGGUCAUCAAUGGGUGUUCGAGGACGGGAACGAAGUUCAUCUCUCGUCCAACCAACAGCUGUCAAUAGCCCGCCUACCAUGCGAGGUGGUCAUGACGGAACCAAGGACCGCCCAGCUUUGACGCCAUUCCAGCCCCUAGCAUACCAAAGACAGAGUGCAUUUAGUCCCCAAAACGGCAUGUCACCGCCCAGUGGAAUCCGGCCGCCCAGCAGAGGGCAAUCCGCAGUCCGACCGCCCAGUAGAGGGCAAUCUGCAGUUCGGCCACCGAGCAGGGGGCAAGGAGCAAUCCGACCGCCCAGUCGGCAGGGCGCACCACCGCCAGUGAGUCGGCCAGGAUCUUCACACGGUGCUCUCCGGCGAUCUGCGUCCCGCUUGUCAUUUAGCGAGUCAGCGUUUGACCCGUCCGAAGCUGGCAGUUCAACGGAGGCACCACCACCCAAACCGUUGGGUCUGGCUGGGCCUAAGGGCAAGAACACUGUUAUUUCCCCACAGGACCAAGCGUGGGUUGACGGGAUGAUCGGCGAGGUCCGAAAAGUGAGCGCGCGAAAACGCAGGUUGACGGGCGGCAGCGUCAGCGGCGAUAUGGGGUUGGGAGAUGAGCCCUUUGCUAUUCCGGGAGAGCUAAUUGAGGUGCAGCAGUUUGGGUCCCCUAGGUUGGAGAUGGGAGAUUUGGGGAAGCAGGGGGGAACGAGGAGAGUGUUUCCGAAGAAGACUUGA